CACCACCUCAUUCCGCAGCGCCAGCAACAGUCCUUCCUCCUCCGCCAGCGUCACUCCACCUUCCCCUCAUCACAUCCGCAAUCAUGGAUCAAGCAAAGUUGGCGCGCAUGCAGGCGUCCGUCCGCAUUGGCGGCAAGGGUACGCCCCGCAGGAAGGUCAAGAAGGUGCAUAAGAGCGCCGGGACCGACGACAAGAAGCUUCAGACCACUCUGAAGAAGCUCAACGUCCAGCCCAUCCAGGCUAUCGAGGAGGUGAACAUGUUCAAGAGCGAUGGCAACGUCAUCCACUUCUCGGCACCGAAGGUCCACGCAUCCGUCCCUUCCAACACGUUCGCCAUCUACGGCGCUGGCGAGGACAAGGAGCUCACCGAGCUCGUGCCCGGCAUCCUCAACCAGCUCGGCCCAGACUCGCUCGCGUCGCUGCGCAAGCUCGCCGAGAGCUACCAGAGCAUGCAGAAGGAGAAGGGAGAGGGUGAGGACAAGAAGGAGGAGGACGACGAGGACGAUAUCCCCGAUCUCGUCGCCGGCGAGAACUUCGAAUCCAAGGGCGAGGUCGAGUAAGCGACCCUCGAAACCAUACGCGAGGCGGGAACACAUCGCGAAGAAGGAGUGACGAGAUAUGCGAAAUAAAAAAACAGUGUACAAGAUAACGAGGCCUUCAUGUAUCCCUCUGAACAUCUUACUGCAGAUGCUAUCUCUCAUCUUUUUUCUUUUGGCAAGCGCG